CUCAAACAUUAAGAUAAGGGAACAAGAGAUUGAAGAAGUGAGAGAUGGAGAACUUCCCAGUGAUCAACCUUGAGAAUAUCAAUGGUGAGGAGAGAAAGGCUGUCCUAGAGAAAAUCGAAGAUGCUUGUGAAAACUGGGGAUUUUUUGAGUUGGUAAAUCAUGGAAUACCCCUUGAACUUUUGGAUACUGUGGAAAGGUUAACGAAAGAGCAUUAUAGGAAAUGCAUGGAGCAAAGGUUCAAGGAGGCAGUGGCAAGCAAGGGAUUGGAGGGUGUCCAAGGUGAAAUAAAGGACAUGGACUGGGAGAGCACCUUCUUCUUGCGCCAUCUUCCACAUUCAAACAUCUCUGAAAUUCCUGAUCUCAGUGAAGAGUACAGGAAGGCAAUGAAGGACUUUGCACAAAAAUUGGAGAAACUUGCAGAGGAGCUGCUUGACCUUUUGUGUGAAAAUCUUGGAUUAGAGAAAGGGUACCUGAAGAAAGCCUUCUAUGGAUCAAAGGGUCCAAAUUUUGGCACAAAGGUAGCAAACUACCCUCCAUGUCCGAAGCCAGAGCUGGUGAAGGGUCUUCGUGCUCAUACAGAUGCAGGUGGGAUUAUCCUUCUCUUGCAAGAUGACAAGGUCAGUGGCCUGCAGCUUCUCAAAGAUGGCCAGUGGGUGGAUGUGCCUCCAAUGCGCCACUCCAUUGUUGUUAACCUUGGUGACCAGCUUGAGGUAAUUACCAAUGGGAAAUACAAAAGUGUGGAGCACCGUGUGAUUGCUAGAACUGAUGGGACUAGAAUGUCCAUAGCCUCAUUCUACAACCCUGCUGGUGAUGCUGUUAUCUAUCCUGCACCAGCAUUGCUGGAGAGAAAAACACAAGUGAUAGACAAAGUAUACCCAAAAUUUGUGUUUGAGGAUUACAUGAGGCUCUACGCUACACUGAAGUUCCAACCAAAGGAACCAAGAUUUGAAGCUAUGAAAGGCGUGAACACAGUUUAGUUAGUUCCAACCAAACAACUUAAUUGGAGCUGUGCUAUACUAUACUGCUAGAAGAAAUUUUAUUGAUUUGGAAGAAGUGAGGAAAUAGAAUGCAAUUAAGCAAGAAAUAAUGGUUGUUUAAUCAUUCAAUUUCUUAAUACAGUGGAUUGUUUAUUUGUACUUCAGAAUUGUUGAAAUAAUAUGCAACAUUUCUACUCGUUCUAUCUUAA